GGCAUUGCUUUUUGUAUCUACAUUUAGUAGUUAGAGCUCUAAAGUCUAUAGCGUUUCAGUCGUAACUACGCAGAACUUUCAAUGGAUCAGCAUUUGAUGCGACGUCGUCGGGCAAGGCGAAAGCACAAAUCGGGCAGGUUUAUAUGGGAGGUGAUAUUCAAAUUUAGAUCCCUAAGGAGUUAUAGGCGGUUAGCAUGUCUUCAGCUAGCAUUGUUUAUGGACUUCGUCAAGGAUUCAGCGAAAGUGAUUAACCGUUGUACGAAACCAGAUCGUCAGGAAUUUCAACGUACCGCUUUGGCAAUCACCUUGGGUUUUUUUAUAAUGGGCUUUCUUGGGUAUACUAUAAAACUGCUGCACAUGCCUAUCACAAAUAUUAUCAUGGGGUAACCUGAGGGGUCAAAAGAUGCAACACAACAUGCCAGACGCAAAAAUAAAGUUUCAAUUCAAUUGGCAGCAAACAA